AGUGACCCAAGUCUAGAACACCAGAGUAUUCUCAAUUCAAUUGUAGAAUCAAAGCAAAGCAGAACCAAUGGAAUUAAGCAGAACCUCUGCUAUUUCAUUUGCAUCACUAUUCAUCACUCCCCGUAGUUUCAGUAGCUCCCACUUCCCUUACCCUUGUCUCCCACUUGACAAGCUUUCUUUCCCAUUUCGCUUUGCUCCCAACAAGUCCCUAGCACUGCAGGCUCGCAAGCGAAACUCAGAGCCUGAGCAGCAGCCACUUGUCAGCCCAACUAUCAUUCAAGAAGUUUCAGAGGAUGAUGAAGACGACGACGUUAUCUUGGAUGACUUUGAUGAUGAGGCAUCAAUGGAUGAUGAUUUUUACGGGGAUGAAUCUGCGACGGAUAAGGCUGAAUUGUAUGAUGGAGAUGGGGGCGGAGGAGGUGGAGUUUCUCUUGCAGGGACAUGGUGGGAUGAAAAAGCAUUUGAAAUAGCUGAGGAAGUUAUUCUCACCUUUGAGGGUGACUUGAAAAUAUAUGCUUUUAAAACAUUGCCAAAUUUCACCAUUCAAGUGCGCAUUGAGAAGCUUUCGAAUAAAUCUGGCUCCCCAAGUAUGGAAGAUAUAGAAGCUUUCUCUAGAACCUAUAGAACAAGACUAGAUGAAGCAGAGCUUGCUCGAUCAGUACCUGAGAACUUAUGUCUUGAGGUGUCAUCUCCAGGUGUAGAAAGGGUAGUUCGGAUUCCACAAGAUUUGGAUCGAUAUAAAGAUCGACCUAUGUAUGUGAAAUAUGUAACCGAGACGGAUGCAACCGGUUCACUAUCAGAAAGCGAUGGUAUUUUCAGGCUUGUUUCUUUCGAUAUGGAAACAAAAUGUUGCAUUUGGGGUGUAGCAGACGUGAGGAUUAAUAGAGAAAAAGCAGGAAAAGGGAGACCACUUAACAAAAAGCAGCGGGAAUGGCGAUUGAAUACACCCUUUGAUUCCUUACGGUUAGUCCGGUUGUAUUCUGAUAUUUAAUCUUUUCUGUAAAUCUUUUUUACUGGAGAAGUAGUCAUGGACUCAUGGUAUGAUGGAUUACAUAGAUAAUGACACAACAGGAAAAUAUUUCAAUUUAUUGCCAUCUCCGUUUUCAAUCUAUUUUGACAUUGUGGGGAAGUGUAUGUAGAGUACAAGUACCUCUAGAGAGAUUUGAGUGCUUCAGUGUAUAUAGGGAGUUUUGUAUUGAUCUGGGGAGAAAAGAUAUUCUGCAAGUACCUAUACAUAUAUCAUACUCUUUUCGUUUUAU